GCGCAUUUACCGACCGGUUCACUCCUUCAUUAUCGUGAAAGGUUUCACCACAUAAUAUUCUUCGAGCCGGUGCUCUCCUCAUCUUCUCGGCGUUCACAACUAUGCGAGGACUGUAAGCGCGGACUUCAGUCGACAUGGACAACCACCUGGAACACAUCCAGUUUUGGUGUUUACUGGGACUUUUGCAAUUCGCACCGUUGACAGUGGGGUUCAGCUUCGACAUUCGCUAUCCCAGAACAUUAAGUGUCUCGGACUCGGAGGCAACAGGGUCCCAUUUCGGUUAUCGUGUCUGUCAGUUUGGACCGGCGCAGGGAGGCAGCAGUGUGUUGGUCACAGCUCCUUUUCAAGACAGUGGGACAGGAGUGGUUUACAGAUGUUCUUAUGACAGUGGCACUUGUAAAGCUCUACCUGUACAAGUGGAGCCGGGAGUUUCAUUAGGCUUGUCACUAGCUUGUAAUGCUGACAGAGCUAUGGUGUGUGGACCACGUCGGAUCCAUGGCUGUGAUACUCUAAACUACCUCCAAGGACUUUGUGUUGAGCUGGGGCCACAGCUUACGGUCUCACAAACACUGAAGCCUGCCUUUCAAGAGUGCCGUGAGUUUGGCUUGGAUGCAGUGAUUCUGUUUGACGGAUCUCAGAGUAUCACAACCAGAGACUUUGUCACCAUGAUCGACUUCAUCAAAAACAUUAUUCGGAUGUUCACUGCACCCCGUGCACAGGUGGCAGUUGCUCAGUAUUCGACAGACACCAGUGCUGUCUUCCACUUUGAGGACUUUGUGUCUGACCCUAACCCUGACACUCUGAUGCAAUCCGUGGACCAUUUCCAGGAGGCGACAUACACCCCAUCAGCCAUCCGCUACGUUCUAGAAGAGAUGAUGACAGAAGAACGGGGGAUGAGGAAACAUUCCAGGAAGCUGUUGGUUGUGAUAACAGACGGCAAAUCUAACGACCCCAAAGAGACCUUUAACUCUGUCAUACCAUUGGCCGAGAUGAAGUCCGUCAUCAGAUUUGCUAUUGGGGUUGGGAAGCAAUUCUCUCGACAAGAGCUUGAGCAGAUUGCGUCUUUCCCAAACUUUGUAUUUGAGACAAACAGUUUUGAUGCUCUGAAAUCCAUUCAGAAUGAGCUUAGGGAGAAGAUCUUUGCAAUUGAAGGAAGUAACUCGACCAACUCCAGUUCUUUUGAACAGGAACUGUCCCAGGGAGGCUUUAGUACCACUCUCUCUGGGGGUGUGUCUCUGUUUGGGGCAGUAGGGUCAUACGCAUGGUCUGGGGGCAUUGUGGAGGCAGCCAGAGGAGUGAAUGCCACGUUCAUCAAUGCCUCUGCGCUUGAGACAGACAUGCAGAACUCCUAUCUAGGUUACUCGGUGGCAGUGGCAGAGACGGUGAAUGGCAGUAUAUAUUUUGCUGGAGCUCCCAGGUUCAACCACACUGGGCUGGUCCUGGUCUUCCAGAGGUACCCUCUCCAACAGAAGUGGACUGUCACCCACAGGAUACCUGGAUCUCAGCUUGGUUCCUACUUCGGGGCAGAGCUGUGUGUGUUAGAGAGCCAUGCUGGGCCAGGGGAGGGCCGUGCUGGGCUGCUGGUUAUUGGGGCUCCUUGGUAUCACGCCCAGGAUGUUGGGGGAGAGGUCCACGUCUGUACCCUGGAGACUGGAGCACCCAACUGCUCCCUCACCCUGCGUGGAGUCCAGGGGAAUGUCCAUGGUCAGUUUGGGACGUCUCUGUCCCCCUGUCCAGACCUGAAUGGGGACGGGUUGCCAGAGCUGGCUGUAGGAGCCCCGCUGGAGGACAGAGGACGUGGGAGUGUUUACAUCUUCCUGGGACGCCCUUGGGGCAUCCAGGCCAAAUACAGUCAGAGGAUCCAGGGAGUGAGCGGGAGAGCGGGUAGAGGGCUGCAGUUCUUUGGGGUUUCGGUGCACUCUGCUGGGGAUCUGAACUCAGACGGACUGGCUGAUAUGGUGGUGGGAGCUAAAGGAGCCGCUUUCAUACUGAGGUCCCAGCCAGUGAUGCGCGUGUUGGUGUCUGUCACCAUGGACCCUCCCAUGAUCUCCCAGAACUCCUUCCACUGUGCCGUCCCCAUGGCCCUUAACACUCCUGUAACCACAGCCAUUCUGUGUGUGACUGUCACUGGGGCGCACGUGGGAAACAUACAGGCUUCUCUCCAGGCAUCAGUGUCUGUGACAGUGGAUCUACUGGAGGAUCAGACCAGGACCAGGCCAGCCCGUCUGCGCUUCUACCCCAGAUCAACAUCCUCCAGCUGGGAUGAAACAGUUACAGGCACUGCCUGCCACAACUUCUCCCUCAGUGUCCCGGAUUGUAUAUCAGACUACCGUGAGGUGCCUCUGUCUGUUCAAUUGGCUGUAGAGGGCCUGGAGGUACCAGGGACAGGAGGACUGAAGUCAGUCCUGAGCCCAGACAACCCAACCUCUUUUGCACACAUGAUCUUGCUGGAGAAGGUUUGUGGCGAGGACCAUGUGUGUGUCUCUGACUUAUCAGUCAAUGUCACCAGUCCAGAGGUGGUGUGUAGCCAAGGUUUCCCAGUAGAAGUGUCUGUAGAGGUGGCUAACAGUGGAGAGGAUUCCUCUGAGGCUGAGCUGACACUGGUCCACCCCUCCUCCAUACCCUUUGUUCGUGCCAAACGGCCAUCAGGACCAGGCCAGGUGGCUGUCUGGUGUGUGUCCAACACCACAGAACUAGAAAACAUCACACACACAGUGUGUCCCCUCAGCUCUACUGUCCUGAGACAGGGGGCGCGGGUGACAGUGUUGAUGUCAUUCACAGUGUAUGAGCCAUCCUGUUUGAGAGAAAGACUGGCUUUCAAUGUGUUUGUUACUACUGAUAAUGAAGGGCAGGGCACCCUUCAGGAUAAUUAUGCAAGCACCUCUGUAGAUGUCAAACUUCCUAUCAAUAUUGUUGUGAAAGGAGGAUACUCCUCCCAAUACAUAACUUUCCCAGACAACAAGCUUCUGGAGCACAUAUACAUGGUGGAGAAUAUAGGAAAUGUGGCCGCACCGGUCACUGUUACAUUUGUGAUUCCAGUGGAGUUGGACUCUGGUUACCGGUGGAAUGUGUCUCUUCUUCAAACAGAUAACAGCAGAGGAACGUGUGAGAGGAAGGAGGUAUUCUCUAAACAGGAAAAAAACACCCUGUUUUAUCAGCACUGUAGUGGGGUCAUCUGUCAUCUGUUUGGCUGCACCAUAGGACUGUCAUCCAUCAAUCAGCCAGCCAUCUUCAAGUUUGUUGGGAAUAUCAGUAGAAGCUCCGAGGGUUCAGCGGUGCAGCAGGUGGAGGUGGUCAGUUGGGGGUCGCUGUCCUUCGACCAGAGUGUCUACUCCCAGUACCCUGCGGUUGGUUCUCAGAGUGUGAAGAUUCUGUCCAUUCUGGAGACGACGCCUGAAUCCCACACUGCUCUCAUUGCUUCCAUCAGUGUUGUGUUUUCACUGUUGCUACUGACGAUAAUCUCUGCGGUUCUCUACAAGAAGGGCUUUUUCAAGAGCAGAAGAAUUGCCUCUGGUGGUGUAGAUUAUAGUACAGCUGUUCCUGGUCGGACUGCAGCCCCUGAUGAUGACCGUGGUCUGACCGCUAAUAUUACCCCACUGGGGGAGAACACCCUGUAGCCCAGUGGCGGUCAGUGCCGUUUAAGUUGAGGGAGGAAGAUUUUUUCUAUUAAAGCAUAUCGGAUGACUGUCAUUCAUAUUCCAUUCACCCAGGGCAAUGUAACAUCGGAUAGGUUUAGGCUACUACAUGAUACUAGAAUUUUCCCUGUACCCAUCAUGAGGGUUCUACAACUUAGCCUAUGAAUGAAAGCUUACAACGUAGGUGCACACAGGUCAAGAGAGACAUUUGAAGUGACAGACAGUGACACCUUGCACACUCUUGCCUUCAUCUAGCUGCUACAAGGUGUAGUCAUUAGUCCAACAUUUGCAAACAAAAGUUUCUAUUGGACAAAUUCAAGUAUGUUUUGUCGUGGUAAUUUCCUGUAUUACUAAAUGGAAAGAGUUUACAAACCACACACAAGUCAGAGUUAUAUUUUACAUUCCAUCUCAAAUUUUAUGAGCUUCACCAUAGCCCUUUUGACUCUCAGAUCAAUUCAGUGUCUAUAAAUGAAUUCUCUGAGAGUCCCUUACAAAAGAAUACUUAGUAUCUUUUAUAGCCAAGAUACACCCCUCUCAACUCACAUGACGAACCACAGAUCUUAGGCCUUUUACUUGAAAGAGGAGUAUCCCAUAGCCAGAUAGCAUUAGCUAUAAAUUAUUGUUCAGUUUGGUCUCUUUAGACGAGAUUCUAAUCUCGUUCUUGGUACCACUUAGGACCAAAACAUUACCUCAUCCAAUGGCAUAUAUCAAUUGUCAAUUCUAGAUACACCCAUCUCAAAUAACCCCCCUCCUGGACAAGCUCAGAAAGGGGAGUGAUUCUCUAGGUCAUAUACCAGGUCAAGAUUCAUACAACAUCAGAGGGGUAAUACAAUGAUUCCAGACACUGCCAUACUCCCCCCCCCCCCCCCCCCC